UCCGUACUGCAAUAUUAUUAACAAUCAAACAAACGAGGAAUAACGGGGGGGUUGCGAAACUGAAAGAGAAUUCUCUUGACUGUGACAAUUGGAUUUUCCCCCAACUUGGCGACUAGGGUUUCCUCCAUCUGUUGAUUUUUAAAACCCUCUCGCUCGAUCAUGAACUCGGACCCACCCCGACUCAGUGGGUUCCGGACAGACUCCGACUCCGACUUCGCCUUCGCCUUCAACGACGCCAACUUCUCCGACCGGCUCCUUCGGAUCGAAAUCGUGCCCGAUGUAUGCAAGUCCGAUGAGGCUGCCGAGGUGGGGCCCAACCGCAAGCGGAGGAGAGAAGAGAUCAUCAUGGGUCAAGUUGAUGAUGUGUUCACGAAUCGCGAGGAGCAAAUUUUAAGCUGUAACAUGCUGGAUAGAGAUGAUGGUGUUGCUCACGAAAAUGAAGAUGAGGAAACUGUGGCAAUGAUUGAGGAAUCACCUUCAGGUUGUGGAGUUAAUAAAAUUCCACUUGGUGAGGAAGCUGCCGAUAGUAAUGAUUCAUCCUGGAAUAUGGGCUGUACAGUGGUCCAUCGAGUGAAGACUAUACACAUCAGCUCUCCGAUUUUAGCAGCACAGAGUCCAUUUUUUUAUAAGCUUUUUUUGAAUGGAAUGAGAGAAUCAGAACUGCGACAUAUAACACUAAGAAUUAAUGCCUCUGAGGAAGCUGCCUUCAUGGACCUCCUGAAUUUUAUGUAUAGUAGUUCUUUGACAACGACCACACCUUCUGCUUUGCUUGAUGUGCUCAUGGCUGCCGGAAAGUAUGAAGUUGCUUCGUGCAUGAGAUACUGCAGCCAGUUAUUGCGAAGCAAGCCUAUGACUCGCGAGUCUGCCUUGCUCUAUUUGGAUCUUCCAUCCACUGUUUCAAUGGCUGACGCAGUCCACCCACUGACAGAUGCAGCAAAGCAGUUUCUUGUUGCACGGUACAAGGACAUUACUAAGUUCCAAGAAGAGUUGCUGAACUUGCCUUUACCUGGAAUUGAGGCCGUAUUGUCCAGUGAUGAUCUCCAGGUAGCUUCAGAGGAUGUUAUCUAUGAUUUAGUCCUGAAGUGGGCCCGAGCCCAUUACCCAAUGCUAGAGUACCGACGAGAUGUCCUAGGCACACGCCUGUGUCGCCUCAUCCGCUUCCCAUACAUGACUGGCCGAAAGCUGAAGAAAGUCCUCACGUGCAACGACUUCAACCAAGAACUCGCUUCAAAGGUUGUUCUGGACGCUCUCUUUUUCAAGGCGGAGGCACCGUAUCGGAAGCGCACCCUUGCUGCAGAGGAUCUCAACCCCUCUUGCCAUCGGUUUAUAGAGCGCGCUUACAAGUAUCGUCCAGUCAAGGUUGUGGAGUUUGAACUGCCACGUCAGCAGUGUGUGGUGUACCUGGAUUUGAAGCGUGAAGAGUGUGCGCAUAUUUUCCCGGCUGGCAGGGUUUACUCUCAAGCCUUCCAUCUUGGGGGACAAGGGUUUUUCCUUUCUGCACACUGUAACUUGGAACAACAAACAAACUGCCAUUGCUUCGGGUUGUUUUUGGGAAUGCAGGAGAAGGGAAAAGUGAGUUUUGCGGUUGACUAUGAUUUUUCAUCUAGGUUGAAACCCAGUGAGGAGUAUGCGAGUCGGUAUAAAGGGAACUACACAUUUACAGGAGGGAAGGCAGUUGGGUAUCGGAACCUAUUUGGUGUACCUUGGACUGCAUUCAUGGCAGAGGACAGCCUUUAUUUCAUCAAUGGGAUUCUCCAUCUCAGGGCUGAGCUCACCAUCAGGAAGUGACUCUUUUUUAACGACCUAGUUUCUAAAAAACAUGUUAAUAAUCGGUUAGGUAAUUGCAGUUAUAUUCUCACUUGGAGGGAAGUAUUGUUGUAGGGGGAUUGGUUGUAGCAAUUUCAGUCAAGUGCUCCUGAAACACUAUUUCUGUAUAUCACAAUUAUGUAUAUGCAAUUCUCCUUUUGUA